GCAGAAUCGAAGAAGGGAAAAUUAGGGUUUGAGCUUAAGGGAAGAGAAAAGAAGAAGAAGAAUUUCGUACAAAUUCGCCAUAAAAGCUUCCCUUUUUUAAUGGCGACGACGACGACUGUUUCUUCCUUCUCUCUUUCUCUUCCUCGAGUUCUCCGCAAUAAACCCACAAACCCUUCUCCGUUCCUUUUCGUUCUUCCUCGAUUCAAUUCGAGAUUUCGAACUCUCACUCUCACUGCCUCCGCCGCUACUCCUUCGAAUAGUUUUAGCAGUAAUCGUGACGAUGGCUUCUCUCUCGACGAUUUCACGCUCCAUUCUGAUUCCCGAUCACCUAAUCCUUCUAAGAAGUGCUUACUUGCGGAUCUUAUCCAAGAGAUUGAACCAUUAGAUGUGAGUUUGAUCCAAAAAGAUGUUCCACUCACAACUUUGGAUGCUAUGAAAAGAACGAUCUCAGGAAUGUUGGGGCUUCUUCCAUCUGAUAGGUUUCAAGUUCAUAUCGAAUCACUUUGGGAACCUUUGUCAAAGCUAUUGGUAUCUUCUAUGAUGACUGGGUAUACAUUGCGGAAUGCUGAAUAUCGGCUUUUUCUUGAGAAAAACCUUGACAUGCAUGGUCUAGACUUGGAAAGCCACGCUCCAGAAAAUAAUGAAUAUGAUUUGAAAGAGAAGUUGCUUGAUAAUAUAGAACUUGGUGAGCUUUAUGAUGAAAAUAAUGUUUCAUCUACAAAGGAUAGCAAAACACAAAGCCUUUCUGACAUGAUUGAUAAAGAAGGUCUGGGCAAAGUAUCCUCUGAAGCUCAAAAAUAUAUCUUUCGUCUACAGUCACAAUUGCUUUCUGUGAAAAAGGAACUACAAGAAGUGAGGCGAAAAAACGCUGCCCUUCAAAUGCAGCAGUUUGUUGGCGAAGAGAAGAAUGAUUUGCUGGACUAUUUAAGAUCUUUGCAGCCUGAGAAGGUAGCUGAGUUAUCAGAACCUGCGGCUCCCGAGGUUAAAGAGACGAUUCAUUCUGUCGUUCACGGUCUUUUGGCAACCCUAUCACCGAAGAUGCACUCGAAGCUGCCAGCAUCAGAAGGUCCACCUACUGAAACAGUCAAAGCCAAAAGCGACGAAGAUUGUCCUGAACUUUUAGAGAACACUUCUCUUCAGUUUCAACCUCUUAUCUCACUGACUCGAGACUAUCUUGCCCGUCUUCUCUUCUGGUGCAUGCUGUUAGGACACUACCUCAGAGGUUUGGAAUAUCGAAUGGAACUAAUGGAGGUUCUAAAUUUGACUUGCGAUGCCAAUGGGUCUGAGAAUUUAUCGUUAUUUAUCUCAAAAUUGUCUUACAUGGGCAUAGCAAUGGUCCUUUGCAUACUUACACCAACAAAGUGUGCAAGUGACUUGAAGACAAGCUAUAGCAUUCGAGCUCUCGCUCCUGCGCAUAUAUGGAGCUUUGGGAUUGGCCUGACCGUUCAUGUGCAA